AUGUUCUCUGACCUGUCGAACUUUGUGAAGACCGUGCGCAAAUUGGGCGUACGACAUGUUUUGCUACAGAUGCUCAACUUUGCUUCGGUUCUGGCGUCGGGCCUGAUGAUGUGGAAGGGCCUUGGCCUUGUAACCAAUACGGAGUCUCCGAUCGUGGUCGUACUCAGUGGCUCCAUGGAACCAGCGUUCUACCGCGGCGACCUCCUCUUCCUCGUAAACCCUCCCAAUACUCGAUACCAAACGGGAGACAUCACGGUCUACAAGAUACCCGGACAGGAUAUUCCCAUCGUCCAUCGCGUGUUAGAAACGCGUGACGUAGUGAAGACGGUUGACGGAGUCGUCGAGUUGAUACCCAACCCAAACAACCAAUUGCUACUGACAAAGGGUGACAACAACCCCGGAGAUGACAUCGAGUUGUACCGCGGGCUCUCACAUCUCGAGCGGAAACAUAUCGUUGGUAAAGUUCGCGGAUUCCUCCCUUACGUCGGAUACGUCACCAUUGCUAUGGAAAGUGCUCGGUCUGAAUUUCGCGAACGAGCCAAGAAACUUACGAUCCUGCAGAAUGACUUCCCUCAACUAAAGUACGCGGUCCUUGGGGGACUGGGAUUAUUAGCCUUGAUCCAGCGAGAAUGA